AUGGAAACCAGGAGCCUGCCGAAAAUCACCGCACUAUGGGCUGUUAAUAUCAUCACUUGGAAACCUACUGACGAGGAAUUCGACGAUGCAUUAUCUACCAUCUCGGCGUACGAGAAGGAACGAAUUUGUCGAUUGAGAAUCAAGGAACAGGCAAAGGCGUCAUUGAUUGGGAGAUUGCUCUUGCUUUAUCUUUUUAACAACAUAUACAACAUUCAAUGGGAGGCUAUAAAAUUUGAAAGAACCAAAGCGAAUAAACCGAUACUGGCAAGUGUUUCUCCAGACCUUGGCGUUCAGGCAGACUUUAAUGUUUCUCAUCAUGGUGAUUGGGUUGUCCUUGUAGCUUCGGAAAAUUGUAGAGUCGGCGUAGACGUAAUGAAGAUAGAAGAACCGUACGGCGAGAAUAUAGAAACAUUUCUAGAAAGUCUUCAAGAUCAGUUCUCAAAGACUGAAUGGGACGUAAUUUCUGCUCCAAAUUACCCAAUGUUAAAGCUACACCGUUUUUACAGAUAUUGGUGCUUGAAAGAAAGUUACAUUAAGGCUAUAGGGGUUGGCUUGGCUAUAAGUUUAAAGACACUUGACUUUCACAUUGAUAAAAAUGAAGGACAUGAGUAUGGGGCAUGUAACCACGUAAAAACAAAAACGCAGCUUUUCGUUCGUGGCACUUUCAUGGCAGAAUGGCAUUUUCGAGAAUUAUAUCUGGAUGAAUCACACUGUAUUGCUGUAGCCUAUGAAACGGACAACGACUGUAUAAAUCAUGGAGAAUUUGAUUCUGUUACAAUUUUUAAUAUAAAAGAUGUAUUAAAAAAAGCG